AUGAAGCCGACGACCGAAUUGAGGGUGAACGGCUCUCACUGUGAAGGUGAUGCGAGAUCUCGUAAACGUGGUCCGAGCAGCUCCUGCGACUUAGGCUACGGUGAAAGAGAUGAGCAGAUGAACGAGUGCAAUGCUGCCUUGGUCCUGAUGUCACUCAGUUGCUCCCCCAACUCACCGAGGCCCAGCGCUUGGGGCGGCCGGUCAUCGGUUUCACCAGGAGCCAGCAGCAGCUCAGGGUCAUCUUGGCGUUCUGGUACUCCAUCCCCACCACCCGCCUCGUCUUCUUUCAGCGAUGAGGGUAUUGCUAUGGACUAUGAAGAAAUGCAUCCACGCAAGAAGAGGAACGCACGCCUCUCAUCGAGAGAUCGAGAGAUAGUCUUGAACGUCCAAUUACAACACAGAGUCCGCUAA